AUGACAAUUUUCUCAUCCACAAAGCGAGAUGAUCUUGACCAAAAUGUUAAAAGUUCUUAUUUUAAUUUACCCCCACUGGAUGUUUCCAUCGCAUUCCAACAGGCAACUCCAGCGUCUGUCUUUCCUCCUUGUGCUUCAGACUAUUUUCAACUUGAUGAUCUAUUGACUCCUGAGGAGAAGGCCAUCAGGUUGAAAGUAAGACAGUGCAUGGAACAAGAAAUAGCUCCAAUAAUGACAGAGUAUUGGGAGAAGGCCAAGUUUCCGUUUCAUGUUAUUCCAAAACUUGGUGCCCUGAAUAUCGCAGGUGGCACAAUCAAGGGCUAUGGGUGUCCUGGUCUCUCCAUUACUGCAAGCGCUGUUGUUUCAGCAGAGAUUGCUAGAGUUGAUGCAAGUUGUUCCACAUUCAUAAUGGCACAAUUAUCAUCUCUGGCAAUUGCAUUGUGUGGAUCAGAGGCACAGAAGCAAAAAUAUCUACCAUCUUUGGCACAGUUAAACGCUGUAGCGUGUUGGGCUUUGACUGAGCCUGGAUAUGGAAGUGAUGUAAGUGCUAUGAAGACAACAGCAACCAAGGUGCAAGGAGGUUGGAUACUUGAGGGCCAAAAGCGCUGGAUUGGAAACGGUACCUUUGCAGAUUUAUUCGUUAUUUUUGCAAGGAAUGCCACAACAAAGCAGAUAAAUGGAUUUAUAGCAAAGAAGGAUGCCCCUGGAUUAACAGCUACAAAAAUAGAAAACAAAAUUGGCCUGCGAAUUGUUCAAAAUGGAGAUAUUAUAUUAAAGAAUGUUUUUGUCCCUGAUGAGGACAGGUUACCUGGCAUUGAUUCUUUUCAGGAUGCAAACAAGAUGCUUAAUGUUUCACGCAUUAUGGUUGCCUGGCAACCUAUUGGCAUAUCAAUGGGCAUCUAUGAUAUGUGUCACAGGUAUCUGAAGGAGAGGAAACAGUUUGGAGCACCACUUGCAGCUUUCCAAAUCAAUCAACAGAAACUUGUUCAUAUGCUGGGUAAUGUUCAAGCAAUGAUUCUAGUUGGUUGGCGCCUCUGCAAAUUGUAUGAGAAUGGAAAAAUGACUCCAGGUCAAGCUAGUUUGGCAAAGUCAUGGAUCACCUUGAAGGCAAGAGAAACCGCUGCAAUUGGGCGGGAGUUACUUGGGGGCAAUGGAAUUUUGGCCGAUUUUUUAGUCGCAAAGGCAUUCUGCGAUCUGGAGCCUAUAUACACAUAUGAAGGCACCCACGACAUCAACAGCCUGGUCACAGGUAGGGAAAUCACUGGUAUUGCCAGCUUUAAGCCUGCUGUAUUGAGCAAACGAAGCCGCCUGUAA